AUGUCAAUCUUCCGUAAUUCUACUUCUCCCAUUUUCCUCCUCACGGGGUUUUCUGGACUUGAAUGGGCUUAUGCCUGGAUCUCCAUCCCCUUCUGCUGCCUCUAUAUAACUGCCCUUUCUGGGAACACCUUGAUCCUGUUCGUGGUCCUCACUGAGCCAAGCCUCCAUGAACCAAUGUACUAUUUCCUCUCCAUGUUGUCCACCACUGACUUGGGUCUAUGCAUCUCUACUCUGGGGACAGUGCUGGGAAUAUUCUGGCUCAAUGCUCGGGAGAUCAGCUUCAAUGCCUGUUUAUCACAGAUGUUCUUCAAUCAUCUUUUCACUGUCAUGGAGUCCUCUGUGCUCCUGGCUAUGGCCUUUGAUCGUUUUGUGGCCAUUUCUAAUCCUCUGAGAUAUGCCACUAUCUUAACAGACCUUAAAAUAGUGCAGAUUGGUACAGCAAUCAUCACCAGGGGGACAGUAAUAUUAAUUCCUAUGGUAGUGCUUCUUAAGCGUCUGUCAUUCUGCCGUAGUCACGUGCUCCACCACUCCUACUGUUUUCACCCCGACGUGAUGAAGCUCUCCUGCACAGAUACCAGCAUCAAUAGUGCCCUUGGACUGACUGUGGUCGUCUUAACUAUGGGAGUUGACUCCAUCUUCAUUCUGCUCUCCUAUGUCCUGAUCAUUCGCUCAGUUCUCAGCAUAGCUUCCCCUGAGGAAAGGAAGAAGGCCUUCAGCACCUGCAUCUCCCAUCUCUGUGCAGUGGCCAUAUUCUACAUCCCUUUGAUCAGCCUGUCUUUCGUUCAUAGGUUUGGGAAACAUGCUCCUCCCUACGUUCCCACCCUCAUAGCUAACCUGUACUUGCUCAUUCCCCCGGUGAUGAACCCCAUUAUCUACAGUGUGAAAACAAAGCAGAUUCAGAAAGCUGUGCUGAAACUCUUAUUUUCCAAAAGAAGUCUGAUUUAA